AUGAAGACUUUUGUACUGCUGGGGCCCCGGCCGCGGAGCCCGGCCGCCAGGCGCGUGCCCACGCCGUGUCCCCCUCGCCCGCCCCUCGCGGCGGCUGAGGAAUCCGGCCCGGGGCCUGACGCCGGCGCCCACACCGGCCGGCCCCCGCCCGCCCGCUACGGCCCGCGCGCGUCCCCUCCCAGCCCGGUGCGGCCUGGGCCUCGGCCGGUGCAGGCCCGCGGGCGCCCGCGGCUGGGCCAGGCGAGCUCAGGCCUGCCGCGGCCUACCCCGUCGGGUGCCGCCGAAGGCCCCCGCCUCACCUGGACGCGAGCGGGCGGGCCCGGGGCUGCUCCGGGGCGGGCGGGCGGCGGCGGCGCGGCGCUAACGGCUCCGCUCGGCCUCGGUAGCGGCGGCGGCGGCAGCGGCGACGGCGACGGCGGCGGCGGCUCCUCCUCAGCGCGCACGACCCGCUCCGGCCCGCGGCCCGGACACGCCCCCCCGGCGCGCGCGCCCAUUGGCCGGCGUCCGCCACGGUGCGCUUCUCAUUGGCCGACGUGCCUGUCUCGGCGCCCCGGGGCGCGCGGCGGAGGCGGGACUUCCGGCUGGCGCCGCCUGCUAAGGGCUCGGCGGCCGGCGGAGACGCGGGUGGCCGGCGAUGGCCGCGGAGGGGGCUGGCUAUGGCCCGGCCCACGGAGGCCGACGGAAGGCGGUGGCCGAAGAGCCGCGCCCCUUGCCGAGCGCAUGCUGUGUGCCUCGCGCCUGUCUUUCCCGCCGCCGCCACCUCCCUGCCAGUGCCAUCUUAGACUGGACUGGCUACAUUUCAAGAGCUCAGCAACCACGUGGCUACUGCGUUGGACCUGCAGUGCUAGAUGGGGAGGCAGAAGAGACAUCAAGUGGAUUUCACAUCAAGUGGUGGAAAGGGGUGCCUCUCGGCUGUGGUGGGUUCUCAGACUUGCCUUGUUUUAGACGACCUUAAUGGUUUUGAGAAGAAAUGAUCAGGUCAUCAAUACUUUUUAAUCAGCCCCAGUGUGCCCGAUGCAGGGGCUCCGCCCUGGGGAUACAACAGCAACCGUGCCAGAGGGGGAAUCUGCCCUCACGGAAGUCACAGUCAACCUGUGGGAACAGGCUUAAGAGAGCAACUGCAACGUUGACGAGGUGUGCAACCUUGGGCAAGUGCUGAGAUGUCGACGUCUCCUGCAGCUUGGGGGCAGGAGGUAGUCUCGGUUUCUUCGUUUGAGGCAGGAGUGAAGACUGGCGUUUGGGGGCCAUGCUGUGAGGAAACUCCACGAAACCAGGAGA